ACGAGGUAGGUAGAAGAAGCGGUAGAAGGUCGUCAGGAAAAUGCAAACUCGGAAUGAAUUCUUCCCUCUGUAGAACUAACAGGAGGUAGUUACACAUUCUCUUAUUCUAAUUAUUCUAACUUCAAUUCUCAGUAACUGCAGGGCAGUAUAUUCUAGCUAGCGACAAGGCCGGUCCUCAAGUUGCCGUAGUAUUUUUGUAAUAAUCGUCCUUCUUUUCCUCUCAUUUCCUUGAUUCAUUCAUUUUCCGAUUAAAUCAGUUUGUUGGCGACAAUGCAUACCCCAUCGUUACCCCCGAUAUACGAGGUACUCGAAGACGACUUUGAGAAGGGCGAGUCGGUCUAUUUCUUGCCACGGAGACAGCAGCCGAGAUUUAGAAGACGGCGACAGUGCGUGCGAGAUGAUGCCAGCCAAGGAGUUCUCUCCAUAAUUCUCAUCGCGACUGGCAUGUUUUUGCUGGGUGUAAUUUCUGCAUUGGCCAUCGUCGACUUCAGAUCCCGAUAUCCUGCAGAUGGUAGCUACGAAACCGGGUUCCAAGAAGAGAAGCUAUUACCAUCCGGCUCUGUUGAGCUUGAGCAAGUCCAGUUCAAGCUACCCGUAGACUUUGCACCAGAUGGAGAUGAGUUCCUCGUCGCUCAGCCCGGCGAUAAAUCCUACAUCGGUACAACCGCAGAUGUCGAUGCCGCCUGGAAGAACCUCCUUUGGGGAAGAUACUUCUCGAUUUCUGAGGCCGAGGCCAAGGAAUUAUGGGGAGAUGAAUACUCGGAGUAUUGGGACCACCACAGGAGCGGCUACACGGCAGGGUUCGACAUGUUCCAUCAGCUGCAUUGCCUGAACCAAAUUAGACAGGCCUUACACCGCGACGUCUAUCCGGAAACCCCCCUUCACGGACCCGUUUACACCGACCACUGCUUGGAUCAACUGCGCCAGUCCAUAAUGUGCUGGGGCAGUACAGCUGUCGUCCCAUUAAAGUAUUUCAAGGGGUACGGCAGUGAAUACGUGAAGACUGAUGCAGUACAUACGUGUCGAAAGUUCGAGCCGAUCCGGGAUUUCGUGUCUGAAAGAUUCAACGGGAGCCUCUUCGUCCCGCGGCCUAGUGGAUGGAUUGAUACUUCGGAUAAUGCCUUUUAAGCGAAUUGAUACCCAGAUGGUUGCGAACCAACCUUGCUAUUAUUUGAAUACCCAUAGAAAAGUCGGUCAUACGAGAGAUAUAUCUCCAAGCAAAUUUCAUAUCUCCUAACAUAGAUAGUCAUAUACCCCCCUUUUUUGAAUUGCUAGAUUGUCAUUUCUAAAUUCUUAGAUUUCUAAG